AUGAGUUACUACAACAGCUACUAUGGAGGCCUGGGCUAUGGCUCUAAAGGCUUUGGGGGCCUGGGCUAUGGCUAUGGCUGUGGCUAUGGCAGUUUCCACAGACUGGGCUAUGGCUUUGGUCACAAUGGAGGCUAUGUAUAUGGCUCUGGCUAUGGAGGAUAUGGACAUGGCUCUGGCUAUGGGGGAUAUGGAUAUAGCUCUGGCUCUGGCUCUGGAGGCUUUGGAAAUGGCUAUGACCGCCCACUUUCCUAUGGAGGAUAUGGAUUCUCGACCUUCUACUGA